ACCCUUCGCCUCCUUUAACCAAAGCCGCCCAGAGUGCAAUUGUCCAGAGUUUAAACAAUGCUGUGAGUUGCAGCUUCUAAUUGGAGAGGCAGGAAGCCCUUCCCUGGACAGACCCCGCCCAUCCCCGUGUGAAUCGCCAGCCUGAGGGGAGGAGCUGGCCAAUGCUAAUGAGCGAGUUGCCAGGCGAGACAGGAACUUCUUUCCCCUUCUCUGUGUCAGGAUCGCAGAAAUUAUGUCCCUUCUCUCACCAUGAGCUGGCUCUCCAGUUCCCAGGGAGUGGUGCUAACAGCCUACCACCCCAGCGGCAAGGACCAGGCCGUCGGGAACAGCCAUGCAAAGGGAGGGGAGGAAGCCACCUCGAGUCGCAGAUAUGGCCAGUACGCUAUGAACCAGGAAAGCACCACCACCAAAGUUAUGGAGAAGCCUCCAUUUGAUCGAUCAAUUUCCCAGGAUUCUUUGGAUGAACUAUCUAUGGAAGACUAUUGGAUAGAACUAGAAAACAUCAAGAAAUCUAGUGAAAACAGCCAAGAAGAUCAAGAGGUGGUUGUUGUCAAAGAGCCUGAUGAGGGAGAAUUGGAAGAAGAGUGGCUUAAAGAGGCCGGUUUAUCCAAUCUCUUCGGAGAGUCUGCUGAAGAUCCACAGGAAAGCAUGGUGUUUUUAUCAACAUUGACGCGGACCCAGGCCGCAGCAGUUCAGAAGCGAGUAGAGACGGUCUCCCAGACCUUGAGGAAAAAAAACAAACAGUACCAGAUUCCUGACGUCAGAGACAUAUUUGCUCAACAGAGAGAAUCGAAAGAAACAGCUCCAGGUGGCACUGAAUCGCAGUCACUUAGAACAAAUGAAAACAAAUACCAAGGAAGAGAUGAGGAGGCAUCUAACCUUGUUGGUGAAGAGAAGCUGAUCCCACCUGAGGAGACGCCUGCCCCUGAAACAGACAUCAACCUGGAGGUAUCAUUUGCCGAGCAAGCACUCAAUCAGAAAGAGAGCUCCAAGGAGAAAAUCCAGAAGAGCAAAGGCGAUGAUGCCACAUUACCUAGUUUCAGAUUGCCAAAAGACAAAACGGGUACCACAAGGAUUGGUGACCUCGCACCCCAGGACAUGAAGAAAGUUUGCCAUUUAGCCCUAAUUGAGCUGACUGCCCUCUAUGAUGUAUUGGGUAUUGAGUUGAAACAACAAAAAGCUGUGAAAAUCAAAACAAAAGAUUCUGGUCUUUUUUGCGUUCCAUUGACAGCGCUAUUAGAACAAGAUCAGAGGAAAGUACCAGGAAUGCGAAUACCCUUGAUCUUUCAAAAACUGAUUUCUCGAAUUGAAGAGGGAGGUUUGGAAACAGAAGGCCUCUUACGGAUCCCUGGAGCUGCCAUUAGAAUCAAGAAUCUUUGCCAAGAACUAGAAGCAAAGUUUUAUGAAGGGACUUUUAAUUGGGAAAGUGUCAAACAGCAUGAUGCCGCCAGCCUGCUGAAGCUCUUCAUUCGGGAGUUGCCCCAGCCACUGCUCAGUGUGGAGUAUCUCAAAGCCUUUCAGGCUGUCCAGAAUCUUCCAACCAAGAAGCAGCAACUACAGGCUUUGAACCUUCUUGUCAUCCUCCUACCUGAUGCAAACAGGGACACACUGAAGGCCCUUCUUGAAUUUCUCCAAAGAGUAAUAGAUAAUAAAGAAAAAAAUAAAAUGACAGUCAUGAAUGUAGCAAUGGUCAUGGCCCCGAAUCUCUUUAUGUGUCAUGCAUUGGGAUUGAAGUCCAGUGAACAGCGAGAAUUUGUAAUGGCAGCUGGGACAGCAAAUACCAUGCACUUAUUGAUUAAGUACCAAAAACUUCUGUGGACAAUUCCCAAGUUUAUUGUAAACCAAGUGAGGAAGCAAAACACGGAAAAUCAUAAAAAGGAUAAAAGAGCCAUGAAGAAAUUGCUGAAGAAAAUGGCUUAUGACCGAGAAAAAUAUGAAAAGCAAGAUAAGAGUACAAAUGAUGCUGACGUUCCUCAGGGAGUGAUUCGAGUGCAAGCUCCCCAUCUUUCGAAAGUUUCCAUGGCAAUACAGCUAACUGAAGAACUAAAAGCCAGUGAUGUACUUGCCAGGUUUCUCAGCCAAGAAAGUGGGGUUGCCCAGACUCUCAAGAAAGGAGAAGUUUUUUUGUAUGAAAUUGGAGGAAAUAUUGGGGAACGCUGCCUUGAUGAUGACACUUACAUGAAGGAUUUAUAUCAGCUUAACCCAAAUGCUGAGUGGGUUAUAAAGUCAAAGCCAUUGUAGAAGACUUAACAAGCUGCAGAUAACCAUGUGGACUUCUGUCAUAAUUCUUGCUGAGUCAAGAGUGUAAAUAAAAGAAAUGGCAGGACUCAUAUCAUUCAGUUGUACCCAAGUAUUUAAAAAUGACUCUCUUAAGCCUUAAAAAGUCAUAGAUUUGUGCUGCUGCCAGAAUUAUAUUAAUUAUUAUUAAUGUUAUUAUUAGAAAAAUUUCUGGAGUGAGAGUAAAGAGGCUUAAUUAGUUUGUGGGCAGUUUUCAUAUGCUCUGUGAAAUGUGUCCAGAUGUGACAUAGUUUUUUUUUUAAUAUGUGAAAAUGUCUUCUCUUCCCACUCUUUUCUCCUAAAAUCAUAUAUACUGUAAUAUAUGCUCUCUCACCUCUAUUACCUCCUCACAUCUACCCUUCCCAGUUAGGUUUGCUUUUUGACCAAAAAGAUAACAAAUACCAGGUAUGGCAAGUUGUGAAGACAGCACAUUAAAACAUACCUAAUUUCACAGUAUUCCUGUCAUGACGGAAUGUUAGUAUUCAUCUCUUUGAAUCAUUUGCUCAAAUAAUAACAUUCCACCUUUUCCUGCUGUAUCACAGGAAGUGAUUUGCAUUUUUUUCAGUUCAUCUGACUUAUGUUCACAGAACUGUAUCAGCGAUCAAGAAAAUAGGACUGUCAGAAGCUGCCAGUUAUUACUGAACCAUUAAAUACUUAUAUACUAAGAAUAAAUAAAAUAUACCCAUGUGAAAUAAUAAUUGGAUUAUGGAUAACAAGAGAGUGAAAGCCAAAGCACUUUCUGUCUACUGUACUCUUCUAAAUGGAAUUUUAAAAGUCAUAGCUGGCUUUACGUGUUGUCAUAUUAGCAUUAUAAAUAUGCAUGAUAGUAUAAUCCAGUAAUGGUUGAAGAAUGUAUUUUACUUAAAGAGGGAUUUUUUUUUAAGUCCUGAAUAAGUCUACUGGAAGAAUUAUUCUUCUGGGUGAAAAAGCUUUUGUUUGUGUUCUUAUUUUAAAUAAUCGGAGUCAAUUUAUUAAAAUGUUCUCGAAAGUACUAUUCCCAGGGAUUUUAAUGCACAAACCAUAUUGUGACAAGAGAUGAGCCUCUGUACUGUAAAUAAGAGAAAUGAAGUAGAGAAAUGUUAAAUAUUUUAUGAGUUUAGAAUAUAGUAAAUAAAAGGUGAUAUAAAUGAAUGCCGCACAAACGGUGUUCAUGAUACUUUUAGUAGUACUUUAGGAAAAAUUACACAUUCUCAGAAGCUCUUGAUGUCUCUAAUGAAGGGGGGGAAUGCUGUUAAUGAGAACAGUCAUAAAUUUUUAGCAUAUAAUUACAAGAACAGCCUGUGGAUAUGAUCACUUAAAUAAUUUUGUGGUGAUUCGUGCCAUUGCUUUUUUAUUUAAAAGAAAAUUUUGUAAUUAAAUGCCUUUUUCUAAAUUA